AUGUCGGUUGAUUCAGAGAAAGAGAAGACACCUUCUUCACCUCUGGCCACUACUCCGAUAAGGAUCACUGAUCAAGACGAUAAUCAAAAUGAUGGCGAUGAUGGUCCAAAGUUCACAGAACAUGAAAUAAUAAUAGGAUGUAAAGUCUAUGUAUCUAAAGAUGAGGAGUUCAGAUUGGCGGAAAUCUUACAACAACAUGUGAAAAAGGGUAAAACGGUAUUCUAUGUUCAUUAUCAAGAGUUUAACAAACGUUUAGAUGAAUGGAUUAGUACUGAUAGAAUCGAUUUUAAUCGUGCUUUAAUCUUUCCUGAAGUUAAAACUGAAAAGAAAGAUCCUAAGAAGGAUAAUAAACUGAAAAAGAAAACUGCCAAACAACCACAGAAAUCUAAAAAUGAUAAACUGACCCCUAUGCUGCAACAAAAAUCAGAAACUGGUACUCCUCAACCAUAUGAAAGUGAAAAUGGUGAAACUCCAGCUACUGGAAAUGAAGAUGAAAUGGAUUUAGAUAAUUUAAAUGUUCAAGGUUUGAAAAGACCUGGUGAUGAAGUUUCAAGAGAAGAUGAAAUUAAAAAAUUAAGAACAAGUGGUUCUAUGACUCAAAAUCAUUCCGAAGUUUCAAGAGUUAGAAAUUUAUCAAAUAUAAUCUUAGGAGAACAUAUAAUAGAGCCUUGGUAUUUCUCAUCUUAUCCUAUUGAAUUAACUGAAGAAGAUGAAAUUUAUAUUUGUGAUUUUACUUUAUCAUAUUUUGGUUCAAGAAAACAAUUUGAAAGAUUUAGAUCAAAAUGUUCAAUGAAACAUCCUCCUGGUAAUGAAAUUUAUAGAGAUUCAAAAGUUAGUUUCUGGGAAAUUGAUGGUAGAAAACAAAGAACUUGGUGUAGAAAUCUUUGUUUACUUUCAAAAUUAUUUUUGGAUCAUAAAACUUUAUAUUAUGAUGUUGAUCCAUUUUUAUUCUAUGUUAUGACGUUUAAAUCUGAUCAAGGUCAUCAUGUGGUGGGAUAUUUCUCUAAGGAAAAGGAAAAUGCUGAAGGUUAUAAUGUGGCUUGUAUAUUGACCUUACCUUGUUAUCAAAAGAAAGGGUACGGGAAAUUAUUAAUUCAAUUUUCAUAUAUGUUAUCAAAUAUCGAACAUAAAGUAGGAUCACCUGAAAAACCAUUAUCUGAUUUAGGAUUAUUAUCAUAUAGAGCUUAUUGGACAGAUUCAUUAGUAAAAUUAUUAGUGGAAAGAAAUAGUCCAUCACUUUAUAAAAAGAAUAAUCCUCAAGCUAUAGAAGAUGAUGUAAGUCCUGCUCCAACUGGUAAUACAAGUGAAAUUACAAUUGAAGAAAUUUCAGCCAUAACUUGUAUGACAACUACUGAUAUUUUACAUACUUUAACCACAUUACAAAUUUUAAGAUAUUAUAAAGGUCAACAUAUCAUAGUCAUAACCGAUCAAAUCAUGCUUAUGUAUGAUAAAUUGAUUAAAAAGAUAAAGGAUAAAAAGAAACAUGAGUUAGAUCCUCAAAAACUUAAUUGGACUCCACCUCUUUUCACAGCCAGUCAAUUACGUUUUGGUUGGUAA